AUGGCUGAUUCGUCGGCUAUAGAUCUGUCGGCGCUGACGGAAGAGCAGCAGCUGGCCUUGCAACAGUUCACAUCAGUGACGGAUCAGAACCUCGAGGCCGCAGUGCCGCUGCUGCAGAAAUGCCAGUGGAACGCACAAAUAGCCAUCACUCGCUUCUUCGAUGGCGACGCAGAGACCGUUGAUCCAGCCGCCGAAGCAGCACGUGCUCCGCCGCCGCCACAGAGCAAUCGAAGGGCAGAGACACUGCUAGACACAAUACCCGCCAGAUCGUCGACACAAGCUGCAGCUUUUCACCCUGCGCCGCGAGUUGUGCCUACUCCAGAGAGCCAGCUGACACAGCCUCUGCCUUUCCCGCUCUCCUUCAUAUUUCUACCCUUCAGUCUAACGUAUGCCCUCUUCCAGCGAGCUUUUGCUGUGGUAGGCUACGUCUUUCCUUUCCUCCCGCGCCUGCUGGCACGGUUCUGGUCACACCGGAGCUCGCGACCCUCGCGAGAUGCUUCAAGAAGACCUCUGGCGCCGAGGGAUACGGCUGCACGAUUUAUAAGGGAGUUUGGGGAGGAGCAUGGGCUGACAGACGGCACCUUGCCUUUCUUUGAAGGAGGCUAUGCGCAGGCUUUCGACAUAGCAAAGCGUGAUCUCAAAUAUCUCCUUGUAAUCCUCCUGUCGCCUGAGCAUGACGACAAUGCUCUCUUCGCGCGAGAGACCCUCCUGGCGCCCGACUUCAUCGAGUUUGUGAAGAACGGCGGCAACGACAUUAUUCUUUGGGCUGGUACCGUGCAGGAUGCUGAAGCCUACCAAGUCAGCACUGCACUCAAUGUGACUCGCUUUCCAUCUGCGACACUGAUAGUGCAUACCCCGGAGGUAUCAUCGACGGCCAUGUCCCAGGUGGCAAACUCGACGGGGCCCGUGUCGCCUCAAGAUCUGAUCUCAAAGCUUCAGACAGCCAUCACAAGCCAUAAUACGAAGCUUGAAAGUGCGCGAAGGCAGAGGCGCGAACAAGAGGCAACACGAAAUCUCAGACAAGAGCAAGAAAGUGCAUACGAGCGAUCGCUUGCAGCAGACCAGGAGAAGGCACGAAAACGGAAGGAAGAGGAAGCGGCAAAAGAGAAGGCAGAGCGAGAAGAGCGUGAGAGGGCAGAGCGUACUGCAGAAGAAUCUCGAAAAUUAGCUCAGUGGAGAGAAUGGCGAGCACAGAGCAUACCGGCAGAGCCGAGCACAGAUGUGAAGGAUGCUGUGCGGAUGAGUCUCAGAAUGCCUUCAGGCGAAAGAAUCAUUCGCAAGUUUAGGGCGGAGGCAGAUCUGGAAGAGCUCUAUGCUUUUGUUGAGUGUCAUGACCAGUUGGCAGAACCGUCAGAGAAGGAGAGCCCCGAGCCGACUGACUACGAACAUGCGUACAAGUUUCAAUUAGUCUCGCCUAUGCCGCGAGAGGUAUUCGAUUUAGAGAAAGGCGGUAGCAUACGCGAUAGAAUUGGCAGGAGCGGAAACCUCAUCGUUGAGAGGAUAGUGGCAGAGGAUGACGAAGAUGAAGAGUAA